GUGCUCAUCAGAAGGGAUACUGACAUGCAGUGCUUUCUCGCUUUCUGUUUCUGUUUGGGUUGAGCUGGUUUCUGGCUGAUCAGUAAGGGUAUCGAUCAAAAUGUCAAAUAACAAGAAGAACAACAAUUGCAUUCAAUGCGACAAGUCUUUCAAAAACUUGCAAGGAUUGAAGAGGCACAUGUUAGUGCACAGCGAAGAGAAGAAAUUCGAGUGCAAUCUUUGUCAAAAGCGCUUCAGGCACUCUACGACUUUGAAAAGGCACCUGGUGGUUCAUAGCGACGAAAAACCUUUUAAAUGUCCACACUGUGACAAAGAGUUCAAACUGCAGUCAGGUUAUCAAAGACACAUCGUGGUUCAUACCGGUGAGAAACCAUACAGUUGUACUCAGUGUGAUAAACUUUUUAACCGCUUGUCGAGUUUGACAAGACAUUUAAGAACGCACAGCGGAGUGAAACUGUAUCAUUGUACGCAAUGUGAUAAACGUUUCACUCAAUCGUUGAAUUUGCGGGUUCACCUGCGAACUCACAGCGGUGAGAAACCUUUUGCGUGUCACCAUUGUAACAGGCAGUUCACGCAGUCUUCAAGUCUACGCAGGCAUUUGAAAAUACACUCUGGAGUGAAGCCCUUUCAGUGUAGACGCUGUAACAGGUGCUUUAAGAAUUCGCGAAAUUUAGAAUUGCAUGAAAUGAAGCAUCGCGGAGGCAGAAUUUACAAGUGCGAUCAGUGCGACAAGACUUUCAAGACAGGAUCCACGAUGCGAAGACAUCGGCGAAUACAUUCAGGAGAGAGACCUUUUCAGUGUAAUUACUGUAACAAGUGUUUUAACCGCGGGUCAAAUUUACAGACGCACCUCAGAGUUCACACCGGAGAGAAGCCUUAUAAAUGUGACCAUUGUGAUAAAUUUUUUAAUCAAUUAUCAAACUUGCGAACGCAUCAGCGGAAAGCAGCAGAGAAAUCCAGUUCAAGGGUUGUUAUUGAUGCAAUUAUUUGCGCUUCAGAUGAAAUUAUCCAUCAUACUCAAGGAUAAACAUUGUCUCCUGAAGAAAAAGGAGCAAUUGUUUGAACUGUAGGCCCCAUGCAAGCUAGAGAAACUGUUGUUUUCAAAUAUUUAAGUUAUUUUAUCAUGACGCAUAACCCAGAGAAAAUGUUUUGCGUUGACCAAAAGCGAUUUUGAAUGGUUGGUUAGAAGAAGAGCGUAUUUCACACGAGUGUCUUAAAAAUCACAACGGCAGUUAUCACAACUGCUUUUUGAGAUCAAAAGGAAUACUCCACAGGGAGCCGAUUGGAAUUCAAAUUGAGAGAUAAGAUAAGAUAAGAUAAUGACUUUAUUGGAUAACACAAUUACUGGUAGAACCAGUAGUUCUCACUGUGGUCCAUGCAAACAACUGAAACAAAUAAUUCAAAUUAAACAGGACAUAAAUGGCGAAAAUACGAAGAAAAAUACAAUUAAAAAUUAAUUCAAAAUUUCUGCUUAUGGUAAAAUUAUUCACUCUAGAGUUCCGAUCUAUAUAUUUCUUGUAUAGUUGAUUUAUAAAUUUACAAAGGGAAGUGUAACCCCUUGUAGUACUGUCUUGGUUGUUCCAUAAUCUAGUGCCACUUGCAAGAAAUGAACGCUUGCCGGUCAUUGUGCUAUGAAAAGGUGUGGAUAAGUCCAAAUUAGUUGACGCCCGAGUUGUGUAAUUAUGUCUAUUUUUAGCAUAACGAAUAUAAUGAUUAAAAUGAUCAGGACAUUUCCCAU